UAAAGAUACGUAAUAAUAUAUAUUUAACAUAUCUGUACUUAGAUUCGUCUUUCAAAACAAAACUCAAGUAAUUUGCUGUCUUUUCUUCAUUUGUUCAUGACGUGUCGUUACUAAAAUGUAUAAAAAUAUAAUUUAUGCAGUUAUACUAUUCUGCUCGUUAAGUAGCACGUUUGGAUUAUAUUUUCACAUUGCUGAAACGGAACGCAAAUGCUUCAUUGAAGAGGUGCCAGACGAGACAACUGUAAUUGUUAAUUACAAAGUGGAACUUUAUGACCCACGAUCAAAUGGAUUUAUGCCAUCAUCGCCAGGUAUCGGUAUGCACGUAGAAGUCCGUGACAGUGAUGAUAAAAUCAUUCUGUCUCGCGUGUAUAGCUCCGAAGGACGCAUUUCAUUCACUUCUCAUACACCUGGCGAGCAUGUUAUUUGCAUGUAUUCAAACAGUACAGCUUGGUUCAGUGGUGCACAGCUGCGUGUACAUCUUGAUAUUCAAGUUGGAGAGCAUGCAAUCGAUUAUGCCAACGUUGCGCAAAAAGAAAAAUUGACUGAACUUCAACUGCGUAUACGUCAGUUACUCGAUCAAGUUGACCAAAUAACAAAGGAACAAAAUUAUCAACGUUAUCGUGAAGAACGUUUCCGUCAUACAAGUGAAAGUACCAACUCGCGUGUACUUUGGUGGUCACUUGCUCAAACUAUUGUUCUAGUGUGCAUGGGUUUCUGGCAGAUGAGACAUUUGAAGAGUUUCUUUGAAGCGAAAAAAUUGGUAUAGAAUAAUUAAAUUCCUCUUUAUCGUUUAAAUACUUUGACAGUAAAACGCGUAUUUAAAGUGUGUAUUUUUCAUCAUAAUUUUUAAUAUAAAAUUCAUUAUUCGAAUUCCAAAAAUUUGGCAAAAUGCUUAUAAACAAUAAUACUAAAACUCAUUUCAAUCACGAAACAUUUUCAAUACAAAAUAUACUUUUAUGAAAAA